UUGCUAUAAAAAAGAACAAUGACGAAAAAAUCGGUGACAAAAACACUUGAAACGACAUUGGAAAAAAGCGAGUAUUUCUGCGAGAAUGAAAUAUUGCCGGAUCUUCAAGCACGCCGGAGAAUCACAUCGAGGAAAGAAAAGUCGGCGUAUCCAACUAUGAUUGGCCUGCCAUCUAUCAAUCCAAAAUCCGUAGCAGGAAAAUAUUUCGUGAAAUUCGCGAGUUCCGGAACGUUACACGGUUUGAAUCAUUUGGUCGCGCCAAAUAAACAUCCCUUUGAGAGAUUCUUAAUAUUGUUUUUCGUUGUCGGAGCUCUGGUGUGUUUAAUCGUUUUGUCGAGUAUUUUCUGGGAUCGUUAUCAGAAUAACGCCACGGUUAUCGUAAUGGAUAACAAUAAAGAUUCGUUUAAAAUUCCACGGUGGUCUCUAUUCGUUUGCAUGGCUCAAACUAUAGAUCCAAUGAAAAUGACGGAUGUGUUUAAAAAAUACGAUAUUAAAGACACACCAGAGGCGAGAGAGUUCUUCACCUUUCUCGGUACCGUCACUUACGAAAAUAUGAUGGAAAUACCUAUUUACGACAAAGUACCAGCGAACAAGUGGCUAGAGAUUCUUUAUGAUUUGAAGCAAGAUAUAGGCUCGAAUCUUUUGUCAGAGAAACCUUUUGAUCCUUACGAGACUUGGAUGGUGACAGAAAAAGGAUUGUGUCUCGUGUCAAGAAACGUGUUUGCAAUCUAUGCUACGUUGAACUAUUGGAAAAAUGAUAAUUGGACCACGAUUCCUAUACCUGAUGAUCUUCAGAAUUACGAUACGUCCAUCGAUACUUUAAUAGAAAAUUUUAAUAUACCUUUCGAUGCUACGUUCACCGUGUCUGAUCCUUUCGAAUUGAUAACGUACGACAUUUCUAUGAUACGGACACAUGCGAAGAAAAUUUACAGAAAUAUGAUAUUUGCGUCACAGAUUCAGACGAAACCGAAUGUUCAAGAGCUCUCUAUUCGUCAAAGAAAAUGUAAAUUUUUCGGCGAUGGCGGUUUAAAAACAUGGCCAGUUUAUACAAAAAAUAUGUGCAUCAUAGAAUGCAGAAUGAAAAUAAUACAAGAUAAUUGCAAUUGCCGUCCCCAUUUUGCCAGGCCCAUUGAUGGUGUAAACACGUGCAAUGCAACGCAACUUCGUUGCAUCGGUAAUAUAAGAAAGAAGCUUUUUCUAUACGAAUAUCCUUUUUUUUGCAAGUGCAUUCCAAACUGUGAUAUCGUUUCCUAUCAAAUCAAAAAUAUCGAAGAGACUAACAUAGAACAAAUGGAAAUAAAAACAAACGCAAUAACUAUGAUUACUGAACUUCCACAAAUCAUUUAUUACAGAUCACUAUUAUAUGGCUUUACUGAUUUAUUAACUAGUAUUGGAGGAGCAGCAGGAUUAUUUCUGGGAGCUAGUGUUUUAUCCUUUGUUGAAAUAUUCUACUAUGGUACUGUUCAUUUAUUUUUCUAUAUAAAAGAAAAUAGAUGGAAAUCCAAAAAGACAACCAAAAUGUCUAAUUAA